CCUCAAAAGACAUGGAAGGCCGUCGAGACCGAAGACUUCGGUUCGGGCAUCGAAGAAAGAAUGGGCGACUUCCAAUUCUCCACCCAAUUGAAGAAGAAGAAGAAGAAGCGGAGGACGAGCACGAGUCGAGUCUGAGAUUCACUUCAAAUUGGAUCCGAUCGCGGACUCGGUGUAAUGUAGGGACGACAUGUGGAGGGAGGAGAAGAGGUUCGAAGAAAUUGGCCCGCUGAUUCUAUGGCGUGCAAUUGGCUUGCAUCGACGGCCGAAUAGAGCACGUUGUUGCUCCGAGCUGCAACCUUUCGAAAUUCGUUCGUGGUAUGGCCCAGCGGACACCACUUCUAAUUCCGUAGAUGUAGACGGCGGGCUGCCUUCGAGCACGUUGUUUAUGAAAAGGGAGUAGGGCUUAGCAUGAAGAAAUGCGCGUCAGCGGCCCUUUCAGUCCAAUUGAAGUUUGGGUCUCGGCAUCAUCGUCCGCGGGUCACGACUUCUUUAACACAUCUUGAGUAAGUCGGAAAGACAUAGAGCUAGCCCUUCGGUUUCUGUGCUGGGGCGAUAGCUCAAUCGAUCAGAUUCUUUCUAGAGUGUGGCCAUUUCGUCAGCACUAGAGUUGUGGUACGAUUUCAGUGUCGGCAGAGUGACCUAAAUGAGAAAUGUAAAGCAAAACAUGACAUGAUGCCGUUCUCUUGAGCCACACAAUUUCAAGACCAUAGGGGCAAAGGUAGUCUGUUCUUCUUGUCCAUUGUUCAUCGUAGGUUUGGAACCGCCCUUGCUCAAAAGCCGGAUUAGCAAGAAGACCCACAUCGACUCUUUACGGUCUUCGAUUCGACAUGACUCUCUUUGUAGGAAACGCUCACUAGAUUCCAGGGAAGAUGGGACUGGCAGCGGAGAAGGAGGAAUUUUUAUUUAAGUUUUGGAUUUUCUAAUGGAAUCUACAAAUUUUUGGUCACCAACAUGCAUUAGCGUAGAUCUAUGCACCACCUCCCCAUCAGAAGUUUCAAAUUUCGUGCUAAGAAAGGUGCCCUAAUCUUUGGGAGCAAGCACAGAAUUGAUUCUUGUUUAAUUCAUUGGGAACGUCACACGUUCUUACUCGGACAAGUACUCGUUGUGGGAGUCCAAUCACCUCGGAGCUUCGAAGCAAAGCAUCAUCAGCAUCGAGGUGUUUCAUCGCCAGGAAUUAGUGAAAAGGUCAUCGAGGUAUGUGAUAUUUCCUACUUGACCACAACACUUGACAAAUCCUCGAUCAGCUCCAUGAACACCAAACGUCCAUUCCUGCAUAAUAAGGUACGAUUGAGCUUGGUAUGACCUAGAAUCAUAGACGUACUGUUAUGUCGAUCAAUGUUAAGAAGCCAAGCGUCAAUCAUCUCCGAUUACAUAUAUGGAUGGGUAUCGAAGUUAAGUAUCUACUUUAGAAACAUUUAUGAUGUGUGAUAUCUGUUAAGCUUUCUUGGAGAUUACACAUUCCUGCACAUUUAUCCAAUGGGACGCAAAAUAUCUCAUCUAGUAGUUUGAGCGCUUGAAGAACUCGUCAAAAGGUAGUCUCCUUGAUAUGUACCUCUUAGUCUCUAAACCCCCCCUCAGUUAACUGCUGUUAACACAGUUUGUUCUCUUUAACUAUUUA